AGAGUCCCCAGUAUGGCUUCUAGUUGAAGGCAUCACAUCAACGCACACACAAACCUACACACCUUGAAGACCAAUACAGUCUUCAUCCCCCUAUCCCAACAACACACCAGAUCAAACCCAUUCUCAAUCAAUCAAACCAACAUGCCAUUCGGAUCCUUCUUCGGCGGCGAAAACCCGUUUAGCACCGGCCGUUCCUCCCGUCGCGACGCCUACUCAUCCUCCAGCUCCGACCCCUACAGCUACGGCUCCUCCAGCUCAAGCAUAAUGGAUUCGCCCUUCUCCCAGCCUUACGGCGACUUCACCAGCCAGUCCCGCUGUGAGACAACGGGUAGCUCUAGACUUGGCCGCGCUGCAUCCCAGCGCGAACCAUACGACAGCCGGUAUAAGUACCGCGACCUGAGUCCUAUGCGCACGUCUGAGCGUCCGCGCGCUUACACUAAUAAGCAUUCUUAUGAUGACCAUCGCUCUGUCAGUCCGCUUGGUAGUUCGCGGUUUGAACAGCCGUCUACCACUUCGAGGCUUCUGGGUAGUAUGGGUAGGUCUAGCACUUCCUCUUCCUCCUCCCGAUACGGCUCUGGUGCUUCUUCAUACGCUACACCGUCGUACGCGUCUAACUUCCGCGAACCGCAACAGACUAGCUUUACUAUCGAUCGCGGCUAUGAGCGACCGUCGACAUCUGGUGGUUACGGUGGGGGUCUAUAUCGUAGCAGCGCUGUUCGUGGGGGUGAGGCUCCUCGUCGUAUGGGUAGCGAUGGUGAGUAUGGAGCGCAUCUGGGUAGCCAGCGCCGCCCGCAAAUGGGAUCGAACUUUCAGAACGGGGGGUUCAACUGGAUGGACUUUUAG